CACCCUCACUCUUUCUGCGCUCGCUCACUCACUACAAGCAAGCAACACACACACUCUCUCUCUCUACAAACCCUACUCUCACUCUCAUUUUCCGACGCCAAUGCCCGCCGGCAUGGACAUGUCACUCGACGACAUCAUCAACACCACCACCGCUCGCCGCCGCUUCACCGGAACUCACGGACCAAACCGCAACACCGGCGUUCGUAACACGAUCAGAAUCACGCCGUACUCUAUUCCUCCGUCUCAGAUUGCUAGAGAAUCGUUGCGAAGAAGAAGCAGCGUCGAUGUUCCGGAAACGAUUCUCGAUCGUGACGCUGUUCAAACUCGACCUAUCACUAAACUCUAUUUGUCUAACUUGGAUGAUAGGGUUUCCAACGAAGAUAUUCAUCUGUUAUUCUCGGAAGAAGGUGCGUUGGAAAGGUAUUCCAUUCAUUAUGAUCAGUUUGGGAGAUCAAAAGGAACAGCAGAAGUUGUCUUUACAAAGCAGUCUGAUGCUUUAUCAGCCCUCAAAAGGUACAACAAUAUGAAGCUUGAUGGAAAGACAUUGCAAAUUGAGCUUGUCGGAAUUGGAACAAGUUCUAUUACUCCUGCCGAUACCCCUCUCAGUCAAAGCAGCAUACUGGGAAGACCCGAUGAUCGCGUCUUUGCAAAAAGCAGCAUACUGGGAAGACCAAAUGAUCGUGUCUUUGCAAGGGAAGAAAGGAAGAUUGGAGGUAGCAGGUACCUUAACAGCUUUACACAUGGUGGCUAUCUUCCAAUGGGCCAUGGAGAAGAGAAGUGGAUAAGGAAAGUGGCUUUUAGAGCUAUCGGUCGCGACUUUGGGAGUUAUAACCGCCGCCCCGUAGAAGCAAAACGCAAUUUCCAAAAGUUGUCUGUGAAAGAUCUUGAUGAAGAUCUGGAUAAGUAUCACCUAGAGGCUAUGCGGAUUAGCAAAGAAAAUGGAAAGGGAAAUCGGGAUUGAUAGCUGGAAUGAAUGGCAACCUAUUAUGAGUAAAUAGAUCAGGGAAGCACUUUUGAUUUGCAUGACUUUCCUUAAGUAUUCGUUUGCCCUUUUGUAAAUGUCAUUUUGAAACUUCUUUACAGAUUUGGCCCUUCAUUGAGAUGUUUAACACACACCGAUCAAGUAUAUUUGGCCAAAUGUUCCACGGAUUUUACUUGUU